CUAUAAAGCCGAAGCUCUGGCUCUUGCCAGUCUUUAAGGAACCUGCUGGAUAUUCCUAUUCUUCCAGAUACUUCUUUCUGUCUUGUUACUUUGCUCUGUUUGAUCUGUAAUCCAACAUGUCGUCUAAAGGCAAUAGCAUCUUCAACUUCGGAGCAGAAGUCACCGAGACCGCCCUGCUCCCGCACCUCACAUCCACCACCACGCUCCGAGCUCUGAGCGACGCCGACAUCGAUUUCCACACCAUCCUUGCCAUUAGCGUGCUCGGCAACCACUUCGCCGUCGAGAGCACCCUCGCAAGCACAGUGCGCCCGCACCUCAUCUCCAAGACAGAGUCUGCCCAGCAGCUCCAGUCCGAGAUGGUCUCCAACCUGAGUAUCGGGUGGGGUCACGCCCGGCUGGCGGUUGAGCUCUCGCACACUCAAGCCGGCGUCAACGCACUUUUGCUCAUCGGCGCCCUCGCGACUGGCUGCACGUAUUCAGACGCGGCCAAGUGCCUAUCCGAGCUCCUCUGGCUCCACGGGUACAAGGCCAUGACGCUGCCCAAAGACGCCGUGGUGCGGGUGGUCGGGCACCUGGCCCCUACCGUGAGGGACCUUGGAUUCGUAGAUGUAUUGUCCGAGGUUACGACCACUGCGGUGCGGGCGAUCAAUGGGAUGGAGGGUCCCAAUAGGGAAGAAGUCUACACCCGUCUUACGAAAUGUGGCGAUGCAGUAGAAGUCGCUACCGCUGUCCAGCAGCUGAUGUUCGCUGCGAAGAAUCACGAGAGUGUCUGCGUGACGACUCAGAUGAGGGGGGCUUGGUUUGCCGCGUUUGCAAGCGAUUUUCUUGGGAUGUCCGUUGACCUACGUCUUGAUGGCGUGGCAAUCUGGGGGUGUGGGGGGAACAAUGGCGCAGCGUUCUUCGAGCUGGGCGAGCAAGAUGCCCAAAAGUAUUCUGCUGCCCAGUCAGUCUCGGGGCGUAGCUUGCUUUUCAAGCUCUCCAGUGCAGGUGCAUGCCCCUCGAUAUCAGUUGAUCACUUCAUAGAGGAUGCAUUUAGCUCGUUGAUGUCCCGCGAGCCUAGACUCACUCCUGAGCUGCAGGCGGCGAUUGGACGGGCGAUAGCCUCGCUCUCUCUUGGCAUUUUUAAUUGCUGCCCCCUUUCCACCCAUUUCAUCAUUUCUCACGAGACCUCCAUGAUUAGGGAAUCUCGCUCCAUUAAAGAACUCGAGAAGACCCUCAAGGCGUUCAGACUUGAUACUUCCAUACUCUCCUCCAAGAGUCCGUUAUGGUGGAGAAAUUUCAAUCCCUUGAAAGCUCUCCAGAGUAGUUGUCUUUCUGCCGCCAAUUCGCCAUUCAGGUUGAAAGGAAUGUGCGUCGAGUUGAAAUCAAUUUGCGGAAUGCAUAAAGAUGAGCCUUGGAUGGAUGGCGAUCUUUGGCCUCUCGACCGGAUAUAUACCAAUGCAGGUCCGAAUCAGAUUCCUGGGGGAUGUUUAUGCAGCUAUGUUAGCAGCAUCAUUGUUGGCUUCACGGCAUCUGUGAUUGCCCUUGUACAGGUGCACUUCGAUCCCACGCAUCUCAGGAUUCACGAAGACGUUCUCGUAGGGAGGCUACAAUCACCGCUGUUCGAGAGCAUCUCAGGUCGAGAGAGAUGCCUUCAUCAGUUGGAGAUAAUGACUCAUCUCAUGUUGCUUACCUCUGGUGAUUGUACUGAUAGGGUCUCUCAGAGACAACUUCGGAACAUGAGUGAGGGCUGUAACAUUCUUGGGCUUUCAUGGGGUAGCCACACCCUAUGCUAUUCUUUCAUCAUAGAGGUGGAACAUGGUCGUGAUAGCAAAAGGCAGCUUCUAUCACUUUUGCCUGGCCGAGCCUCAAUUGAAAGAAGAGUAAGCCGUUUGCUAUUGGAAAAUGUUGAUCUCGAUCGUAACUUGACGAAAGGUCGACUAUACACCAAGCACACUUUACAGCGUGCUCUAAAGCCCAUCACAAAGUUUCACGACCUUUGUAGAAGUGGUGUUUGCCUGACGGCAGUUUUGGGUAAAGACGCGAUUGUUCUGAAAGGUACCACUAGAAAGCCAGGAUCGGGCGGUGACGAAAUACCAAUCUUAGGAUGCAUUAUUUCGGCUAUUGUAGACCCUAAUCCUCAUAGGCCGUUCGGGGUUGAGUAGCUCCUUGGUGGAAAGAGAAAGGUUGAAAAGGAUGUAUUAAAAGGAACAUGGAAUGGAGAAGAGUUGCAGAGAUGCAGAGAGCCCACCACUAAAAGUCUCAAAUACCUGCUACAAUGCGUCACACGUGACACUUUCCAUCUGGAGUACCUGCCACCAGUUUUGGUGGGUUCCAAGGUUAGGGAGUACCAUUUUCGAGUGCAGUUUAUUCAUUAACCGUUUUUUCUUUUCACCAAACUACUACUAGUAUUAAGUA